UAAUACCUAAGCGUUUGCUGCAGCGUUUUGCAGAAACGCAGUACAGUCCAAUUAACAUGAUUUCCUAUGGGACAUGUUCAUAUCUGCGCAUUUUCACCCGUUCAUUUUUUGGAAAGGGUCAGGGACUUUUUUGAAUGCAAAAAGUUGUGUUUUUGGUUCUACAGACUUUAAUAAAAACGCUGCAGAAAAGCAUGUAUUGCGUUUUUUGCUGCAUUUUGCAUUUUAAAUCUGCCUAGCAAUAAGAAUUUUUUUUUAUAAAAAUAAAAAAAAAAAAACCCGCAAAACGCAAUGUAGAAACGGCUCAAAUGCAACCUGCAACCUGCAUAGGUGUGAACCUAGC